GUGGCCAGAGUUCAGGUAUGGCUGCUAUGCUUGAGCGGACAUAGUGGGAGGGUCGGACCAAGUAUUCUAUCCGGAUUUAUCAUGCAUUUUAAUGCUAUUCUCUGUUCAUCGCCCACCCCUAUCUCAACACAGAUGGACUAGGUUUGUGAUCAAACUAUGGCGUACUACCGAGUCAACGACCACCUAUACUUCAGCAACGCCGUUUCUGCGCGAGAUCUCGACAAGUUGUUGUACCUCAAGAUAACGUGCAUCAUCAACGCCACCCAGCGCCAGCAGAGCGCACAGCACCCGUCCAUCGACUUCCACCGCAUCUCCGUGGCCGAUUCUCCUCAGGAAGACAUCCUCAAGCACUUGGACAGGGCUACGAACAUAAUCCACGAGACGGCUAGGAGAAGCGGUCGGGCGCUGGUCCACUGUAAGUCCGGAGUGAGUCGUGCGGCGACUAUAUGCAUCGCUUACGUCAUGAAGUAUCAGAAUUUGUCACUGCGGGAGGCUCAUGACGUCGUGCGCAAAGCACGCUGGGCGAUCCGGCCAAACGACGGUUUCUGGGAGCAGCUGAUGACGUAUGAAAAGCGACUGAGACACACGAACAGCGUGGAGUUUAUCACUAUACAGUCUCUGAGACUACCCAGCGUCUACCGACAAGAGUACAGCAAUAUGAACCAAUUGUAAAGCGUUCUUCGGAAUGGAAAUAUGUACGAUAUUGCUCUUUUUUUUCAUCUCAAAAUCCCCACAAUACAGAAAUACUGCAUAAGUUGGUUUUAUAGACAGUAAGUUAAAAUGUAUGUUUGUUUUUCUGUCGUCAUCCAAUAGUUAGGUUGUUUGUUAAUUUUCUACCGUUAUUAUUAUUGGUGCAUUGUAUCUUUAUGGUUUAUUUUUGUUUUGUGAGUAGACAACCUCUAUGGGUGAUUUGUAUCAUCUGG